GCUCAGCUGAUCUCACACCCAGACUGUGUCACCUUCUGGCCGCGCCCAUAACCCUGUCCUCCCCAUGUGUCCAUAGCUUCAACAGGUGACGAAUAAUGGACCCCGGACAAGAUGUAAGACUUCAGAUCCAGACCGACCUCCUCACCUGUCCGCUGUGCAGACGUCCUUACGUCAAGCCGCGUACCUUGCCGUGCCACCACACCUUCUGUGAGACGUGCGUCGCCAGGUGUGCCGGGAGCUACCUGACGUUCCCCUGCCCGUCCUGCCGUCAGGACGCCGCCGUCCCCGUGAGCGGCGUGUCCGGUUUCCCCGAGGACGUCUUCCUCAGCAGACUGUCCUUCAAGAUCAGGACCAUAGAGGAGCCCUACGUCACACCCUACGUCAUCAACGAAUGUUUGACUCACCAGCGAGAGCCCAUCAGGUUUUACUGCCAGACAUGCGAGAAGCCGCUGUGCCGGGUGUGUCCCAGAGGGAACCAUAACUCACACAAGGUGAGUCACAUAGAGGAGCAGAUAGAGAGGAUGAAGGAACGAGUGGGCACCGCGCUGUCCGACCAGCGACAGAGAUCCGCUACAGCCGUCACAAGUCUACAGGAAAUCCGUAGAUUAAUCACUGAGCACCAGCAGCAGAAAAACGCCAUGGAAUGCCACGUCGAAGCACGUGUGCACGAACGAAUCAAGGCUAUCAAACUAGAGGGAGAGGCGCUGCAGAAAGAACUGGACUCAAUGUACGAUAAACAUCUUUCUAGAGUCACUGGGAUGAAGAAGGACUUGGAAAGCAUGGUGGAAACUCUACUGACGUUUGACGUUGAAGCGGAGAGGGAGCUGGCUCGCGGCGGGUUGGUGGAUGUCAACCGGCACGGAGAGAUAUCAGAGAAGCUGAAGAUAAUGUACGAGACCAUGAACAGGCCUGUCAAACAUUCAUCGGGAUUUCAGGCAACUUUUGUGCCCAUUGACAUCGGUUCAGAUCCUCUUGUAGGAUACUUGUACUUUGAUGAAACAAGUGAACGACCGCUUGAUGAGAUAGACGGCAUUGCUAUCAAAUCGCAGUCGUCCGAGCAUGCCUCACAUGUAGAAGAACAGACCUUUAAUUUUGACUCGAUUUCACCUAACGGCAAGUAUGUUCAGAACGGCCAUGAAAGGGGCUCAACAAUGACGAAUGACUGGGAACGUGUAGAACUUCGUAACGGCUCUAAGCUAACCAGUCAAAAUACAAGUAGACGAUCAAGUGCCACCAGCGAAGCAACACCUAGAACUGUGGAUGAAGGGUCAAAGUUUGGCUCAUUAGCCAGGUGGAUGCAAAGGAAGGGAUCAGAACGAUCCAACAAUUCAAGGCGGUCAUCGACGUCCAGCGCAGAUAGUCCUGUAAGGAGGGUGGAGAGUGAUAGAGCCCGCUCAGUUUCGGUUGACCACAGUGGCGACAAGCGGGAGAAGGGAUUCGGGGUUCCCGAUCACAGGAUUGGUGGCUUCGCUGAUGAAUUACAGGGUGAGGAAGUCAAGUCUGAGCGAAGCAUGAGGCGGCAAAUGAGUGAACCUGCCAGGCCUAUUCAACGUCAGGACACGGCAACAAGCUCUACUCAGUCAGCAGCGACCUCUAGUGGCGACAAGCGGGAGAAGGGAUUCUGGGUUCCCGGCCACAGGAUUGGUGGCUUCCCUUUUGAUGAACCACGAGGUGAGCAAGUCAAGUCUGAGCGAAGCAUGAGGCGGCAAAUGAGUGAACCUGCCAGGCCCACUCAACGUCAGGACACGGCGACCAGGCCCACGCAGUCAGCAGCGACCUCUAGUGGCCCUCCUACGCCUCUCAGUCUGCCUAACACAAUGACCAAGAUAUCAGAUAACAGGGUAAAUUUCAGCCAACCGUACGGCGUGACAGUAUCACGUGAUGGGCUCAUAGCUGUGGUCGACCAGAAAGGGGACCAGUCAAAUUUUGAAUCAACUGUGGUUCACAUGUUUGACCAAUCAGGGGCGUUCAUUCGUAGUUUUGAUGCUCCGGGCUGUCACCAGGUUGCUGAGGACGCAGAAGGACGUCUGCUCCUGACUAACUCCGCGCGGCGCCAAGUUGACGUCUUCGACACCAGCGGGACACUACUCCAGAGCUUCGGGACGUUCAGCUUCCCGAUGGGCAUUGCGGUGUCUCCCAAAGACGGGACCAUCUACGUCACAGAACCCCCAGGGGACAGGGUGUGCGUCUAUGCAGCCGACUUCGCGCUGGUUCGGAGAGUCGGCUCGCCGCAUAGUCGGCUAGACGAACGUUUUCGAUCGCCCUACUUCGUGUCUUCGGACGCCUCCGGACGGAUUCUAGUGUCCGACCUCAGCAACCAUUGCGUCAAGGUCAUGGAUUCAGAUUACAACUUACAGCUGAAGAUAGGAAGCCAGGGAAGUCGUGCCGGACAGCUCCAGUAUCCGUGCGGCGUCGCUGUGGACCACCAGGACAACUUCAUCGUCGUCGAUCACGGAAACAGCCGAGUGCUGAUGUUCGACUCUUCGGGAAACUUCGUGAAGACGAUCGUGACACGAGACCAGGGACUGGUGAAGCCCGCCGAUGUAGCGGUCCUUCCGAAUGGCAAAAUUGUACUGACGGAUAUGAAGGGAGGCGCGGUGUACAUUCUGCACUCUUAGGCUUAGGUCCCAAUUGCACCGGUGCCCGUCAGGGAUGUAGCCCCGGUCGGGCUCCGAAGCCACAAAUUUGUCCCGGUAGACUGCCGGAUACCGGGGGUACCCCUCACGGCGUUCCCUACGGAUAGGUCACAGCGUUUAUUUGUUACCGAGUCAUGGGUUCAUUUUAAACCCGACGUAAAUUCAACUUGGUGCCCGAUCGGGCCCAAAAAUGCACUGACAGCCGCAAGGUGUCCCAUGGACAGGGGGCACGCCCGAAAGUGCAAAAAACAGCCCGCAAACUGCCCGGCAGGGCUACCUUCUUAUAAUUGGGACCGAAGCCUUACUGAGUGUGGAUCCCAUGAGAACAUGUUAAUUAAAAGAGAAAAGCAUUAGAGGGUACCUUCAACUGAUAGACAUACGUUUCUAGCUUCUGAGCGUUGUUAGCGUCAACAUAUUUAAGACAUGUUUGGCCAACCGUUGUAUUAAGCCCUGUGGCAUAAUCUGAUAAAGAUUUGGUUUUCGAAUUGAUUUCACUCAAAUGUAUGGACUUCGGUGGCAUAAAUGAUGUAGUUUAUAGUUAUAGAUUAUUUCCACAUCUCAGAUAUGUUUACUCAGGUACAGUGAUAUGGAAUAGCUCAAGGCCAAACUUGAGAUUUGCGCCUUAAGUUGUAUAAACUUUCAGGAACAUUGUGAGAUCAUUGACUGUAGUCCGGUCUUGGGCUGACAAUAUGUUGAAUAUUUCGGCGUGAUUAUAGAAUGUUGAAUUGUAAAUAACUUUGUAUUAUCCAGAACGAAAGACCUCUGAUCUCCUCCACCCUUGAAGUCUUGAAAAACGAAGAUGUAUCUCAAGGU